CGAAGACCGCCCUCCACCUGCCGUGCAAUGAGUCCUUUGUGGGGGAAGAAAGCCCUUCGUCGUCGUCGUCGUCUCUCUGCCCGACCCCUACAUCUGGAAUUGGGAAUCACUGGCAGGUCGUUUCUGCAUGGCUAACGCCAGGGCUGUGUGAGCAGAUCGCCGGAGCCUGGACCGCUGCUGGAGCUACCAAGUUAGCACCCUCGGUCUUUCUCCGAGUUCCCAGCUGCCAUCCCCCGACGACCAACCAUGAGGCCCGGCCCGCCUUCCUGCCCUUUGGGGUGCCUUCUCGUAUUCACGGCCACCUUGGCUGCAGAUCUGAUGCCAAGGGUGACCAUCCGGAGUGGAGACGCAAAUCGGAUCCUCCCCUCUUUCAGCCAAGAUGAGGUUCUGAACUAUGAUACUUUCCUCCUGAGCCAAGACGGAGAGACCGUUUACGUGGGAGCCAGAGACACCAUCCUUGCCCUCGAUAUCAGAAACGCUUCCUCCGUCAGACUGAAGGGUUUGAUACCAUGGAAGGCCACGCCUGAAAAAAAGCAAGAGUGUGUUUUUAAGCAGAAAAGCCUUGAGACAGACUGUUUCAACUUUAUUCGUGUCCUGGUACAGCUGAACAGCACACACCUCUACACCUGUGGGACGUAUGCUUUCAGCCCCACCUGUGCUUACAUUGAACUGGAUAAUUUCAGCUUGGCUACUGAUGAAUACAAUCAGUCCCUCUUCCAGAAGGGGAAGGGCCUGUGCCCCUAUGAUCCUAACUAUGACAAUACAGCCAUUGUUGUUGAUGGCGAACUUUACACAGCUACUAUGAACAACUUCCAAGGCAAUGAGCCCAUCAUCACUCGCACCCUGGGCAACAGAGUGGUCCUGAAGUCUGAUUUCUUCCUUACCUGGCUGAAUGCUGACGCAGCUUUCGUGGCCUCUUUCAACAUCCCAAGCCCCCCGGACGAUGACAAGGUCUACUUCUUCUUUUCGGAAACGGGGGAGUAUGACUUCUUUGACAAGAUGAAGGUGUCCAGAGUGGCUCGUGUGUGCAAGAACGAUGUUGGAGGAGAUAAAGUGCUUCAGAAGAAGUGGACCACCUUCCUGAAAGCUCAGCUCUCCUGCUCCCACAAGGGCGAGUUUCCAUACAACGUCAUCCAGCACAUUGUUGCGGUCCCGCAGCAGGGAGGCGGUACCAUGUUCUACGGCAUCUUUGCUUCUCAGUGGCGGAGGGGCAAUCUGCGGAGCUCAGCGGUCUGUGUGUUCGACUUUGAGGCCAUCAAGCAAGCCUUUGACGGGAAAUUCAAGGAGUUCAACAAGGAUUGUUCGCAGUGGAUGACGUAUAAUGGGCCACCUGUUGAUCCCCGCCCUGGCAGCUGUUCGGUUGGCCCAUCCGCAGACAGAGCCCUGACGUUCAUUAAAGAACACUUCCUGAUGGAUGAGAAGAUUUUGCCCGACGGAAAUCAACCUCUCUUGGUGAAGCAGAACGUCCAAUACACUCGGAUUACGGUCCACCAGACUUCAAAUAUUGUGGGGGAUCUGUACAGUGUGAUGUUCUUGGGGACAGAUGAUGGUUUCCUUCACAAAGCAGUGGUUACUGCCAGGGGAGCUCACAUCAUCGAAGCAAUCCAGUUGUUCAGGGAGCCAGAACCUGUUUUGAACUUGCUGCUCUCCCCAGAAAAGGGCAUCCUCUAUGUGGGCUAUUCUAAAGGUGUCCUGCAAGUACCGCUGGCCAACUGCAGCAUGUACAGAAGCUGUGCGGAGUGUGUGCUGGCGCGAGACCCCUACUGCGCCUGGGACCGACAUCGCCACAAAUGUACUGGAUUCCUGAAUGUGGAGGAUCUGAGUAACUGGCUGCAGGACGUUGAGUACGGGAACCCCAGCCUUGGAUGCCAAGACAAAAGCAAACGCCCCAGAAUUUUGCUGAGGUCUUCAAAUGAUGCCAACGACGGAGUCGUAAAAACUUUGACCUCUUCGUUGAACUCCAUGGUACGGCUGACCUGCCCUCGCGCUUCCGCCCUGGCCAACUACACGUGGAAGUAUCCGAUGGAGAAGGCGGAAGGGCUGGUCAUAGAAGACGAGAAAGCCCUGGUCGUCAUUGUCCAGAAGGCCUCCCUGGGCACGUACGAGUGCUUGUCCAACGAGAACGGGUACCAGCAGGUGGUGGCCAGCUACCGCGUCCUCACCCCGAAGUACCCCGACAUCCUGGGCAGCAGCGACAAAGACGGCAUUGCCGAGGAGGGCCUGCCGCACCAGGCCAUGCCGGCGGGCAAGCGGCGUUCUUACUGGGUCCAGUUCGUGACCGUGACUGUGCUGCUGUCCAUGACCUUAGCGGUCGCGGUGGCUUUCGCGUUCUUCACUUACCACGACCGGCUGAAAACCAAGAACAAAGUUCAGGGGUCCAGCGCCCCCGAAGGCGGCAGAGCGCCCGGGCAGCAGAAGGGCCCCUCGAACAGCAACCCGAGCGGCCCACAAAGCAACGAAUACCAGAUGCAGGGCCCUCAGCCAGAAGCGGCCACCGGCGGCUCCAAACCGUGCUGCGUGCAGCCGGAGGGGGCUUUCCAGGUGAUUGACCUCGACAACAACCGCUUGAACUCUGCCUUGGCGAACGGGGACGACUCCAAAGGGGCUGUGGCAGUGGGCGGGAGCCUGGCUUGAUCUAGCGUUGCCCCCCUGGCUGGCUGUUGCUGGGAGCGACCCGUCAAGAUACCAUCUCGGGCUCACGGGCAACCUGAAAAAGAAUCCUUGGCCUAGCCAUUUCUGUGGCAGCAUUCAAAAGAUACCACCAGAAAACAAGACGUUACCUCUGAAUUCAGUUUUUCUGGUCUCGUCUGUAUGAUGCCACGCGGACCUGGAAAACUGGCGCCAAGGGGCUGGCAGAAUCCCUUCAUAUCCACGGGUCUUUGGGGUCCCUCCCUGCAUCUACACUCCCUCCAUAAAUACGGUACCGGAGCCCAGCAUUUUCGCCGCGACGUCUCCACGCAGUCGCUCGUAGCCGAAUUAAUAAAUCUCCACAUGAAAUGUUUACGGAGAUCAGGGACAGACUGACCCCAUCCCCGCCUCUUAGUCUCCUGGGCCCCAUCGGGUUUGGAGGGGCUUGGGAAUCGGGGGGGUCAAGGCCUGGCUGCUUCGUUGGCUCUGCCGAUGCCUUUUGAGGUUUUGUGACAAACAAGGCCGGGGCGUUCUGCUGCCAAAAAAAAAACAAGGAAAGGGGGGAAGUCACAAAGCCAUGGGUUCAAAGGAGGAGGUGGUAACAGGAAGAGACAAGUACAGCCUUCCUGUAUAAGAGAUCAGUGUAGGCAGGGGUGGGUGUGUCAGAGGCAGUUCUGUCCCGAGGCACUGGCAGAGUGGGAAACAGGCCAACAACUGACCCAGGGAGUGUACUCAGAUGGUACGCCAUGGAUGACAGUGUCCUCGGUGGAUCCAGGUCCAGGAGGGAGCCUGGAGCUCGGCAAAUAUGAUCUUGGGCCCUCUUUUUUUGUGGUAUUGGGGUAUUGUGAAUGGGUGAGGUUCCAGACAGCAGUACGGUAUUAUGAAUGGUUGAGGUUCCAGACAGCAGUACGGCAUAAUGAAUGGGUGAGGUUCCAGACAGCAGUGUCUGUACUUAUUGGCCCUGCUGUAAAGGAAAAUGGGGAGGGAAGAUCGAGACGUGUCCACAAGCCUCUGUGAGCAUCUGACUUCCUCGUUUAAGAACACCCUGAAGGUCUGUCUGACCCAAAGACUGGUUUUACAACUGGUUUGUGUGUAUUUCAUGCAAAAAAAUGAAAAACUUCUGUAGUCCAAAUUCAGCGCCAAGGAACAAAAAGUGGAUUCUUCUACAGUAGCCUAUUUUUUUCUGUUUAUUUUUGCACAAUUUAUUCUGACGUUUUUACUAUUUUUGCAUAAAUUAUUGUGACUUUGCUACUUUCAGAGCGGGGUGGGAAGGAGCGAAGCAGGGUCCAGAAAGCUCUCACUGCCCCCGAACCACUGGAAAUCUUGUUC